AUGGCUGGAGCGUCGUGUAUGUGGCAUGCCCUGUGGCUCCUUCAGUGCGCACCACUGUUCUUAGGACCUAGUUCUGCUCCUCCAGCCUGGGCCUUGAACCUGGAUCCUGUGAAGCUCACCAUCUAUGCAGGUCCCAAUGGCAGCCACUUUGGAUUUUCACUGGACUUUCACAAGGACAGCCACGGGAGCGUGUCCAUCGUGGUGGGCGCCCCGAGGGCCCUAAGCGCAAGUCAGGAGGAGACUGGUGGCGUGUUCCUGUGCCCCUGGAAGGCCAGUGGUGGCAAUUGCACUUCGUUGUCCUUCGACUUUAGGGAUGAGACCCGUCACUUAGGCUACCAGUCUUUUCAAACCUUCAAGACCGGACAAGGACUUGGGGCAUCGGUCGUCAGCUGGAAUGACGUCAUUGUGGCCUGCGCCCCCUGGCAGCACUGGAAUGUCCUAGAAAAGAACGAUGAGGCAGAGAAGACUCCGGUAGGCGGCUGCUUCGUGGCUCAGCUCCAAAGCGGAGGCCGCGCAGAAUUCUCGCCAUGUCGCAGCAACAUCAUGAGCUCGAUUUACUCAGAAUUUUAUAACGCAGACAAGCGAUACUGUGAAGCCGGCUUCAGCUCUGCGGUGACCCAGGCUGGGGAGCUAGUGCUUGGCGCCCCUGGCGGCUACUUUUUUUUAGGUCUCCUGGUUCGGGUUCCAAUUGCGAAUAUCAUCUCUAGUUACCGCCCGGGUACCCUUUUGUGGCAUGUGCCCAACCAGCGUUUCACCUUCGACUCCAGCAACCCAGUGUACUUCGACGGCUACCGGGGGUACUCGGUGGCCGUGGGCGAGUUCGAUGGGGAUCUGAGCACUACAGAGUACGUAUUCGGUGCCCCCACUUGGAGCUGGACCCUAGGAGCGGUGGAAAUUUUGGACUCCUACUACCAGCCGCUGCACCGGCUGCACGGAGAGCAGAUGGCUUCAUAUUUCGGGCAUUCCGUGGCAGUCACUGACGUCAACGGGGACGGGAGGGAUGACCUACUGGUGGGGGCUCCACUGUACAUGGAGCACAGGGCAGACCGCAAGCUGGCCGAGGUGGGCCGCGUAUACUUGUUUCUGCAGCCUCGGGACCCCCAUGCUCUGGGUACGGCUACUCUCCUGCUGACUGGCACUCAACUCUAUGGAAGGUUUGGAUCUGCCAUUGCCCCCCUGGGUGACCUCAACCGGGAUGGCUAUAACGAUGUCGCUGUGGCCGCCCCCUAUGGGGGUCCCAGUGGUCAAGGCCAAGUGCUGGUGUUCCUGGGUCAGAGUGAGGGGCUGAGUCCGCGCCCCUCCCAGGUCCUGGACAGCCCCUUCUCCGCGGGCUCUGGCUUUGGCUUCUCCCUUCGUGGUGCUGUAGACAUCGAUGAGAAUGGAUACCCAGACCUGAUAGUGGGAGCCUAUGGGGCUAGCAAAGUGGCUGUGUACAGAGCUCAGCCUGUGGUGAUGGCCACUGCCCAACUGCUGGUUCAAGACUCCCUCAAUCCCACCCUGAAGAACUGUGUCCUGGAACAGACCCAGACACCAGUCAGCUGCUUCAACAUCCAGAUGUGUGUGGGAGCAACAGGACACAACAUUCCUCAGAAGCUGCAUCUAAAGGCAGAACUGCAGCUGGACCUGCAGAAGCACCGGCAGGGCCGCCGCGUGCUCCUGCUGGCCUCCCAACAGGCGAGCCUCACCCUGAGCCUGGACCUGGGCGGAAGAAACAGAACUAUCUGCCACACCACUGAGGCUUUCCUUCGAGAUGAGGCCGACUUCCGAGACAAGCUGAGCCCUAUUGUGCUCAGCCUCAACGUGUCGCUGCCCCGAGAAGAGACUGGAGUAGCCCCUAAUGUGGUGUUGCAUGGAGAAACCUAUGUCCUGGAGCAGACCCGGAUCAUCCUGGACUGUGGGGAAGAUGACCUAUGUGUGCCCCAGCUUCAGCUCGCAGCCACUGUGGGGGACUCCCCGCUUCUGAUUGGUGCUGACAACGUGUUGGAGCUGAAAAUUGAUGCAGCCAACGAGGGCGAGGGAGCCUAUGAGGCAGAGCUGGCUGUGCACUUGCCGCCAGGUGCCCACUACAUGCGGGCUCUCAGCAACGUUGAGGGCUUUGAGAGGCUCAUCUGCACCCAGAAGAAGGAGAAUGAGACCAGGGUGACAUUGUGCGAGCUGGGGAACCCCAUGAAGAAGGACACCCGGAUAAAAAUCACAAUGUUGGUGAGUGUGGAGAAUCUGGAAGAAGCCGGAGAGUAUGUGUCCUUCCAGCUUCAGAUCAGGAGCAAGAACAGCCAGAAUCCAAACAGUGAUGUUCUGCUGUUGCCUGUGGCAGUCCAAGCUGAGGCCGCAGUGGAGCUUCGAGGGAAUUCCUUCCCUGCCUCCCUGGUGGUGGCCCCAGAAGAAGGUGACAGGGAGCAGGAUGGCUUGGACAGCUGGGUCCCCAGGGUGGAACACACCUAUGAGCUCCACAACAAUGGCCCUGGCGCUGUGAACGGCCUCCGACUGGUCAUCCGCUUCCCCAGCCAGUCCCAGCCCUCAGACUUGCUCAACAUCCUGGAUGUGCAGCCCCAGGGGGGUCUCCUUUGCUCCUCUCAGCCGACCCCCAAGCCUCUCAAGCUGGACUGGAGACGACCUACUCUCAGCCCUUCCCUCCUUCGCCAGGGCCAUCACCAGCGCGAGCGCAGACAGGCGUUCUUGCAGGGACCCAAGCAGCCAGGGCAUCAGGAACCAGUUCUGGUGAGUUGCAACGACUCAGACUCAGCGCCCUGUACGGUGGUGGAGUGUGAGCUGCAGGAGAUGCUGCGCGGGCAGCGAGCCAUGGUCACGGUGCGGGCUAUGCUGGGACUGCCCAGCCUCCGCAAGAGGUCGCAGGAGCAGUUUGUGCUGCAGUCGCACGCCUGGUUCAACGUUUCCUCCCUACCCUACUCGGUGCCAGCGAUCAGCUUGCCCAGCGGACAAGCUCUGGUGCAGACACAGCUGCUUCGGGCCUUGGAGGAGAGGGCCAUUCCUCUCUGGUGGGUGCUGGUGGGAGUCCUGGGCGGUCUGCUGCUGCUCACCCUGCUGAUUUUGGCCAUGUGGAAGGCUGGCUUCUUCAAGCGGAAUCGACCACCUCUGGAGGAAGAUGAGGAAGAGUGACCUGGUGCUCAGUCGUGAGGGGCUGGCUGGCUGCUUCACCUCCUGUCUCCUCCCAGUUGUGCCCACUCAGAACUCCAUGGGUUCAAACCACUCCAUGGGGUCUUCCCUGCCCAGCAGAGUGGACACAUCCCCUUCCUAGUGUCUAAUAAACAGGUUCAU